GUUCAUUUUUUUCAAAAUGAAGGGUUUGCUUGUGGCUUUGCUUUGAGCUGUAUCGGCUCUAGCCUUAUCCGAUGAGUGUUUGGAGGAGCUCAACUUUGGUAACUGCACAGAACUAAGCCCAAGAAGGACAAGGUAUGGUCAUAGUAAAUUUACCGGUGGCAUUGGAUACACAGAAAGCGAGUGUGGCCCAAAGCUCAAUAAAUUCGAGACCAAAGAACAAUGCGAGAAAAAAUGUGCACCAGAUCGCUGCACAAAACCUCUCGAGAAAGGACCAUGUGAGGCUAUGGGUACGAUACUGUCACUAAAAAGUGCUGAGAAUUUACUUACGGCGGCUGCGGUGGAAAUAACAACAUGUUUGAGACUAUCGCGGAAUGUCGCGAAGUGUGUAAUGAUCCUUUUGUAG